GCAGUCAAAAACGACUGAAACAAGUAAAAAGAGUUAAAAGAACAGCGAGUAGAGCCAUCUAUUGGGUAAUUCAAGAAGUAAAUUCCAUAAAGGGAAACAACUUGCACAGAGUGUCGGUUCCAGCAGGUGCGACUUCGCUUCUUUAUAUUUCGCAUACGAAUAUCAGACAACUGUGACAUCAAAGAAUUGCUUUCAUCAGAUUCAUCAUCAACAUCUGUUAUCUUUUAAAGACCAAAGAAAAACGUUACAUCCGACAAAUAUAUAAACUCUGUGGUAAACUACUGUGAAAUAUUUCUUGCGAAUGGAGAUUAAUGGCGACAUUUCUCUACUGUACAGUCUGUAAUAUGUACAAGAUGAAUUUGCCUUCUAGUAAUUAAAUUUGGAUGAAGUUUCAAAUAUAUGUUUGUGGCAGCAUCAGGUGUUGAUGAAAAUCAGAAUUGAUGGAAAAACAGCUGUAAAAAAUUUCAAAGAAACGAACGAUAAAAAGUGAAACGAGAAAAUAAACGUAUAUUGUUCUGAGAGGCGAAAACUAUUCAAACAACAGAUACUGUUACAGACUUAAAGGAUUGAUUUAUUAUUUUGUUGAAGAGAUGCAGAAAGUGACCGAAAAAUCCUACCAUUGUGAUAUCUGUCAAAAAUCAUUUUGCCUAAAAGGUAACCUCAUUAAACACAAAUGUGUUAGUAGAGGUGAGAAACCAUAUCGUUGUGAUAUUUGUGGUAAGUCUUUCCCUAUAAAUAGUCACUUGGCUAUACAUAAACGCAUUCAUACAGGGGAGAGGCCAUAUCACUGUGAUGUCUGUGGUAAAUCUUUCUCUCUAAGUGGUAAUUUAACUGUCCACAAACGUAUUCACACAGGAGAGAAACCACAUCCCUGUGAUAUUUGUGGUAAAUCAUUUUCUGAUUCGAGUCACUUAAAUACACACAAACUCAUCCAUACAGGAGAGAAGCCAUAUCAUUGUGAUGUCUGUGAUAAAUCCUUCUCGAAAAAUGGGGAUUUGACUAAACACAUACGUAUUCAUACAGGAGAGAAACCAUAUCACUGUGAUAUCUGUGAUAAAUCAUUCUCCCAAAGUAGUGAUUUAACCAGACACAAGCGUAUUCAUUCAGGAGACAGACCGUAUCACUGCGAUAUCUGUGGUAAAUCAUUCUCUGUAAGUUGUCAUUUAACUAUCCAUAAACGUGUUCAUACAGGAGAGAAGCCAUAUGACUGUGGUAUCUGCGGUAAAUCCUUCUCUGAAGCUAGCCACAUAGCUAAACACAAACGUAUUCAUUCAGAGGAUAAACCAUAUCAGUGUGAUAUCUGUAAUAAAGCAUUUUCUGAAACUAGUGAUUUAACUAAACACAAACGUAUUCACACAGGAGAAAAACCAUACAACUGCGAUGUUUGUGGUAAAUCAUUCUCUCAGAUAAAUACUUUACAGACUCACAAACAUAUUCAUUCGGGAGAAAAACCAUAUCACUGCGAUACCUGUGGUAAAUCAUUCUCUCAAAAAAAUACCUUGUGCUCUCACAAACGUACUCACACGGGAGAAAAACCAUACAACUGCGAUAUCUGUAGUAAAUCAUUCUCUCAUAUCAAUACCUUAUGUACUCACAAACAUAUUCAUUCAGGAGAAAAACCUUACAACUGUGAUAUUUGCAGUAGAUCAUUCUCUUAUAAAAGCCAGUUAGCUUCUCAUGUAGCUGUUCAUUUAGGACUAUAACUGUCAAUGUCCAAAUUCAAUACUUAACACAGCAACAAACUUUCUAAGACUAUUCCCCACGACACACACACACACACACACACACACUAAAACGAUUUUUACCUUGACACUUCAGUAAUCUCAUUUUGAUUCCCUUUUUGAAAUAUUUUAAAGCUGGAUACCUUCCUUGAUGCCAGUCUUUUAAGCACCAUUUACACUACAUAAGAUAUACCUAUUUCUUUACUACCCAUGAGGGGCUAAACACAGAGGGGACAAACGAGGGCAACCAAAUGGAUUAAAUCGAUUAUAUCGACCCCAGAGCAUAACUGGUACUUAAUUUAUCGA